AUGGCUUCCAUCUUCACCUUUGACACGGCACCUCCAAGAGUGAACUCGCCGUGGGAAGCAAAUCUAGACUCUCGGACGAGACCGCUGCCCGGGCGCUCACUUUCGGCCGGUCCAACGGUCGAGGCCGAUGAUGGCUCCGAUCUGGACCUGGACAGACUAGAGGCCGAGCCUCAGGAUGGCCCGAUCGAGUACAAGCUGCAUCUGUUACUCCGCCCGCGAAGGAGCUACAAGAUGAUGAGCACGACAACGAAGACGCGGUCUCGUUCGGGGCGUACCUCGAAGCUGGUCAAGGAUCCUGGCCUUCCCUUGGCAGCUUCAGCCCAAACUCGCCAGAAUCGGCUGCAGCACCUGACUACACAGUUAUUAUGGAGGUUGCAACAAUCUUCACCUUAUCAUAGCACCGCAAAAAAUGACUUGGUCAUACCGAAAGCGCCAGAUGAAGAAGUCGACCUCGAAACUCUCGAGAAACCGGGGCGACUACUUCCCGGCCUAGAAGAAUCCAAUGGAGCGCUCUAUGAGAUCGGCGUCGCCGACGAUGGGACCCUUGUCGGUCUCACGAAGGAUGAAAUGGACGAGAGUAUGAGGACGUUGAAAAUCAUGGCUGCCAGCUUGGGCUGCAGAGUCGAGGUCCAACGCAUGAAGGCAGUGGGAACCUGCCAAUGGGCAGAUGAGGCGCUCGAUGUUGAAGAGAAAGUGCAUGAGGCAGACUUGUGGGUUGCCGAAGCUCUUGUCAGCCCUAUCCUCAACACUCAGUGUGCCAGAGAAGACGAGGCCAAACACGACCGCACCCCUACCGCUAGGCCCGGCUCCUCGACGGCAAAACAACUUCGCGUGGCUCUGACUGGUCCAACGACUUCAGGCAAGACAUCGAUAUUGGGGACCUUAUCCAACGGCUGCCUAGACAACGGUCGAGGCAGUAGCAGGAUGAAUUUGCUCAAGCAUCAGCACGAGGUCGCGUCUGGUCGCACAAGCUCAGUUGCACAGGAACUGAUCGGCUACCAGGGGGACAAGGUUUACAACUAUGCAAUGGAUAAUAUCAACGCGUGGCCCGAUAUUCAUGAUCAGACGUCCACCGGUCGUUUGGUGUUCUUUCUCGAUUCGGCGGGACAUCCACGGUAUCAGCGUACGACCCUCAGAGCGUUGGUUGGCUGGGCUCCUGACUGGACGGUGCUUUGCAUAGCCGCGAACGAGGGAGAUUCUCCUUUCUCCAGCGCACAUUCGCUGUCAGCAAGCGAAGGGCCCAGUGGCCAUGGUAUGGGUUACUUGGAUCUAGCGAUGGCUCAUCUGGACCUGUGCCUGAAGCUUGAGAUUCCCUUGGUGAUCCUCAUCACCAAGUACGACUUGGCACAGCGUGGCCCGCUCAGGGAGCUCAUGAGCAUGAUCUUGUCCAAGAUCAAGUUGAUGCAAAGAACCCCAAAGCUUCUUGCGCCAGCCGCAGGUGCCAGUGUUGACUUGAGCCUGGACGAGAUCCCUAGCAGCGAUAGCGCCCGAGUGCAGACAGAGGUCAUUGACAAGAUCAACGAGACGGGGGACCUUCUCUCGAUCGUGCCUGUCCUUCUGACCAGUGCAGUCAAGGGUACCAAUAUCCCUCUUACGCAUGCCCUGCUUCGGGCACUGCCGAUACCGCCUGGACCAACUGCCAGAGACUUUGUGCCUGCCGCUCUGAAUCCAGAACAGCCCCAGACACUCUUCCACAUCGACGAGGUGUACGAACUACCUUUGUCGAGGGGCCAGGUAGCGAAUAUCGAUGGUCGGCCAGAACGAGCCCCCGUAGUCACAGGAUAUCUGCGCUUCGGGAAGUUGACCAUUGGCGAUGAGAUUGUGCUCGGGCCGUUCCCCGCAGAGGAGGACGAGGCUGGGGCUUUUGUGCCUCAAGAUCAUCCCUCUCCUGGAUACGGCCUUUCGUUGCCGCAUCCCUCUUCUGCCCAGUAUGCUCGCCUCAACUCCCGGCAUCCCAGAUCGGCGUCUGCCAUAGAUGGCGAGUGGCGCACAGCCACGGUCGUGAACAUACGCAAUCUGCGCAUGCCUGUGCAGAGUCUCGAGGCUGGUCAGGCAGGAUCGCUGCAAAUCUCAGUGCACGACACAUCGAGCAACACGUCAGAGUCGGAAGGCAUGCCAGACCAAGCGAGAACGCCAGCAGUGCGUCUCCGCAAAGGCCAGGUCAUCGCCGUGCCGAGCAAGCACAUGGUCGACACGGGGCUUACGUUGCAGGCUGCGAGCGGCUUCACGGCGUCGUUCAAGAGUCCUGACGUCAAGGCCCUGACGAUCGGCGGCAUGAUCAACAUCUAUGUCGGCAUGGUUCGCGCGGCGGCGCGGAUCCUGCAUGUUGCCAAGGGCAAGUCGAUGCUCGAUCUGCACAAGCCGGGUGCGGAUGAGGGCGAGGACCUGUUCGUCAUGACGGACCAUGUCGAGCUCGAACGCACGCGGUCAGAGGCAGACCUGCAGGAUUACCAGGUCGAAUAUCACGUGUCGUUUGAACUGCUCACCAACAAGGAGUGGAUCGAGCUGGGCUCUCGAGUCGUGAUCAACGAGGGCAGUAGUAAGGACAAGUCGGGGCUUGACGGAUACGUCGGGCAGGUGAUAGAGAUUUCGGAGUAG